UCAAUGGGUACAAAGACCUCUGAAACUCCCAUCUUUUCUCCUCCUCCUGCUACGCUCCUACCAGAAACCAUCGAAGAAGGAUUUUGGUUAAAUCCUGCAACCAAAUAGCCCCGAAGAGUUUGUGUGUUGCUCAUUUAAGUUAAAUCCGGAAUUUUCAAGGCAAUCAAAUGGAUCACUUAAAUUUGCUUGAAGAUUCGACCAAUAAGGCUGUUGAUACUAUUUUCACGGACUUUAUGACAAUAUGUGCCAAGCAUGAGGAGCUUUUUGAUGCAGGGAAGGGGUUCCUUAGAGGAUUCUAUCAAGCACUCGAGAUACUCAGGAGGACUCUACAUUCCAAAUCAUUGAGUGUGGUUGAUAAAGUAAUCAAAGCUAAUUGCACAGACAAACUGAAUGAAUAUGUUGAAGCUGGUUUCACUAAGCAUGAAAAUGCUGUUCAAACUAUUAUUAAAUUGCAUUUUUGCAAAGUGGGGCUUGAAGACCAUUUAAUGAAAGCAAAAGUUCUUCUUGAUGAACUUGAAAGCCUUAAGCACAAUGCAGUUGGUAUAGCAACGCGUGCUUUAGACGGACAUUUUUCAAAUUGUAUAUCUAACUCCCUCGACGAUACAAAAACCCAGCAAUCAUGUUCGGUUCAAGAGGAUGCAAAAGAAUCAGCGCUUCUCAUUGAAUUAAUGUCACGUGUACCUUUGAUGAGCAUCAUCUACGGAAUGCUGAAGCUUGAAUUUACAAUGCAGGAAAAAAUCAUCAAAUCUCUUGAUCUGAAGGCAUCUUCAUCAGUUCUUGAAAGCUACUGCCUGUUUUGGGAAUUACGGCCGGACAUAGAUGACAAUGCCUUGCACCUGGCCUGGAAAUAUGUUUCAGGACAUAAAAGCUGAAAGAAAUUAUGUCACCGCAGUGUCUGAUGAUUAUGGCUGUAAAUUAUGGAGUUGUCUAUAGAAUAAUACAAUAAAAAUAUCAUUUAAACAAUUUGUUUAUGUUGUAUUAAUGAGAAUGCUAG